CUCGUCCGUCGUUGUUGAUUGAUUGUACGAGUGGCGAUCGCAAGAGAAAGGAAAACUGCAGCGACGAAAAGUGAAAAGUUACCACGGAAUUUUGCCAAAAUAAAUACCUUUGCCACCAGUACUGCGGGCAGCGAGCGCGGAAAUCUUUAUUUCCCGUCACGGUUCCCAACCCGGUGGCCAAAGCAGUGUCGAAAAAGCGGUCCACAGUGAGUAGUGGUGCGUUUAUAUCCGCGAGAAGCGUCCGUCGUAAAAUCUUCUGCUUUUCCCCGUCCUCCGUCAUCGCAUCGCAUUUACUUCAAAAGAGCUGCCUGGGACACCAUCCAUCAUCGUCUUCAGGGUGAAGAACUACUCCCCGCCGUAGUUUUGACAUAACAGAAGAGCAUAAUAAUAGUGAAGAAAAUCGCGACCAGCUCACCAGAAGCAGGAAGAGAAAAAUCCGUCUUCUCUUGGAAGUGGCUGUCAAAACUUGGGUUUUUCUUUUUUCGUCCGCUGUUCCACACCAACAACAGCUCCGUCGUCGUCCGUAAUCAACAACCAGUAGGCAAUCGCAGGACAAAAUGAUCAAACUAUUCUCGCUGAAGCAACAGAAGAAGGACGGUGAGGCAACUCCAAAGUCUGGCCCCCAGAAGAAGGCCUUCACCGCAGCCCAGCUGAGAAUCACAAAAGAUAUCAAUGAGCUGAACUUGCCCAAGACGUGCGCCACGGAAUUCCCCGAUCCGGAUGAUUUACUCAACUUCAAGCUGGUCAUCUGCCCGGACGAAGGAUUCUACAAAGGGGGUCGGUUCGUGUUCAACUUCAAGGUCGGCCCCAACUACCCACACGAGCCGCCGAAGGUGAAAUGCGAAACCCAGGUGUACCACCCGAACAUCGAUCUGGAGGGCAAUGUGUGUCUCAACAUCCUGCGCGAGGACUGGAAGCCCGUGCUGACCAUCAACUCGAUCGUGUACGGAUUGCAGUACUUGUUCUUGGAACCCAAUCCGGAGGACCCGCUCAACCGAGAGGCAGCCGAAGUCCUGCAGACGAACCGACGCCUGUUCGAGCACAACGUGUUCAAGGCGAUGCGCGGCAGCUACAUUGGCGAGACCUAUUUCGAGCGCUGUCUCAAGUGAUAUAUAAAUUCAACACUCACCCUCAAAUGUUGCGUUUAUUUAAUUAUUCUUACGAUUGGUGGACGCUAUUACAUAGACUUUAAGUAUAACUAAAUGGCAAACAAAAAAACACAAUAGUGGAAGGCGGCGACGAAAUAGUGGGCACACGAGAGCACGAGCGCACCUAAGUCGAAGGACGAUCUAAAUUUGAGACAGGUAGAGUAGGGUAUUCGAAGAAUGCUUUAGAAGAUUGAGGAAUGCGAACCGAGAGCGAAAGAGCAAUGCGUAAAAAUAAUGAAAUAAACCGUUGAAUGAAAAACCCGAACAUUCAUUAGAAUGACAACCAAUUGAAAAUUAAUAUAAAAAUUACAGCAAAUGAGAAAAUGUAUUUGUUAAAACAACCAGAUAAAUAAAAACAACAGCAACAAGAACUAUGAGACAAAACUGCAAACCAUCUCCUGUACCAUUAUCUAAUAAUACUAGAUCGAGUUGCUAUCCAGCAGGGGGCUGUUCAGUUCCAUCAUAAAAAGAGAUAAACGCGAAGCCAGAUAAUGCAAACACACAAACGUGAAGAACGAAGAGAAAAAUUAACACAAAAUUCGACUGUACGAAAGAAAAAAAAAAUCUAUGAUCUUAGUUUAAUUAUCACAAUGAACAGGAAGAAAAGUAAAUAAACGGUAUUUAUAUAGAAAGGUCACACAAAAGCAAUCUUGAUUUCUUUCUUUCUACCUACCAACCGACACUUGCAAUGCUCUAGUUCUAGCAAUUCUUGAAGAAGUUAAAUUUCCUAUAUAAAAACAGAGAAAGAAAAAAAAUAAUCAAUGAUCAACAGCAGCCCGUAACCGACAAACAGUUCAUUAAUUGUACUGAAAUUAGCUGCAGAGAAAGUAAGCUACAAUUAAAUAUGAAAAUUUUACUCGAAACAA